AUGGCCUCGUACCCCGAACCUGAAUCUGCGGGCAGGAAACGCAUCUCGCAGGCUUGCGACAACUGUUUCCGACAAAAGCACACCCGCGAUGCAACUGGUGUGCGCACCGGGGCAUUCCUUGUACAUACGACAGGAAAAGGUUACGAGGACCGAGAGGGUUGUCUUCUCAGCGUCAGUAAGGUCACUUCAAGCUGCCUCUCCGCAAAACCAAAACCCAGGUUUGUCAAGUUCCUCCAGCUCGAAGCCGUGAAAGCGCAAUAUAUUAAGAGAGAAUCACUCUCAGCCUCCGACCAGGUUUUCCCCUUUUUUCACCAUGCUGGGAAUAUCAAUCUCAGUGAUGGUGCCAUCUUGUUCUCCUCGGAAGGACAGAGGUGGGUAGAGGGCCUGACAGGCGAGACAUUACCUGCGGAUCUUUGCUCGAACAACCCCCGCCCCUGGGAACGGGAUCCGGUUGAACUGGAUCGAUCCCUCAACGCAUCGCCUCUGGAUAAAUUCACGUUACCCGCUCGAGCGGUCAUGCAGCAGCUCACUAACGCCUAUUUCAACUCCGUUCACAGUCGAUUCUGGCCACUGCCAGACGUAGUCUUCUUUCAGGAGACGAUGGAUGUAGCAUAUGGAAUCCGACAUGAAAGCCGCUUCCGAGUUCAUACGGCCAAAAUUUGUGUGUGGGCUACAUGGGCGUUCAUCUCGACAUUUCCCACAGCCUUUCCGGGGAGACCACCAAUGCUGCCAGCUUCACAGAGAAUCGACAUUAUGACUUCUAUAAUGGCUUCGAUUAAUUUACUACAGCAACCGAACAUCGAGCUAUUGGAGGCGAUUACAAUGCUGGUCACCUUUCAUCUCCUCUCAGGUAACGUGCAGGCGGGCGUGAUGAGCAAUACAGUCGCUGCAAGGCACAUACUGUGGCUUGGAGCUAAUACACGAGACUGCUUUGCAAAUGCGUGUGCAUUCAUUUCCACUGGCUAUCAAAAGUUUCGUCGUGAUUACCAUCUACGCAAUCUGUUCUGGAUCUGCUACCAGCAGGAUAAGGAGCUGUGUCUCCGUUCAGGACAACCACCCGCGCUCUCUGAAUAUAAUUGCGAUCUGGAUCUCCCCAUUGGCUACGAACAAAACUACAAUGAGUCUCUCAGAUACGAACCGCGUACCAACGUCAUCUUCCCAGGAGAUCUGCGUCUAAGCCAGAUCAAGUCGAAAGCAUACAUCGAUCUAUACUCCCGACGAGCCCUGGAGAAGAGCGACGCCCUAAUUCUAAGCGGUAUUCGACAACUGGACGUCGAUCUGGAGCAAUGGCGCAUGAGCAUAACAGCGGAAUACCGUCCUACCUUGCUCUUCUCACAAGAAACAUCUCGCAAGCCUGCCCCUCCUGAUAUUCGGACUCUGAUGAUGCGCUUGGAGUAUCACUACUGCAUGGCAUAUAUCCACCAAGCCUGUGGGCGAUAUGGAACCUGGUCACGCAUGCGGGAUCAAGAGAUCCAAGGUGUCAGCUCGAGCCUGACGCUUUCAAUCGCUGCGUGUCGCUCGUCUCUCUACUAUCUACUGGCUGUGGGCUACGCGCUCGCGCCUAAGGAUUUCUGGUAUGCGCUGCAGAUGCCCUUCCGAUAUACGAAAGCUGCAUGA